GCACGGUUUAGUACCGUACAGUAGAUGCAAUUUGAAUCCUGUAUUGCAUGUCACGUUAUGUUUUUUUUUCUCUCUCUCUUUUUUCCCUUCCACUGUCGUGUCAAUCCUCAAUCCACCCAACCCCAGAAACAGGCACAUUCCUGCCCCCGCUGUCGAUCAAGUCAUCUUACUGCGUACAUCUUCAUUUUCCAGUUCAUCUCAACUUCUCAAGUCAUCUUUUUAAACCCGCCAGUUCCGCCGUUUGCACCACUCCAUCCCUGAGUUUGUCUGUUAUUCACCUUGUACAGCGGCGCGGCUUGGUGUGGGUUGGCAUUUUAUUGUCCACUGAUUGUGCCCUGCAGUUCAACCAAGGUUAUGCACCAGAGAAGACGAUUCAUUCAACAGCUUGUUCGCGGACAAAGUUUUCUGGUCUGGUAGUGGUGGACCAUGCCAUCUAUCUAACUUCUUCAGACCCGCAGAACAGCUCAUCAGCAAUUACAUAUCUAUCCUCUGCGUGCGCCAUUGUGAUAUGCAAAGGUCACCGACAGCAAUACAGCUUCCUGUUCUGUCAACAAAAAUCCCACCAAAUCUUGCUCUGUGAGCUGCAGGACUUCCGAUGCGACCAAUGACGGCAUCGCCAUUAGCAGCGAUGGAGCUCAGCUCUGCUUGUACUACCUCACCUUGCCUAGAACAAGCUCCUCUCUGGAGCUACCCCGCCUUGUCGGCCUUGUGUUCUACUGCUGCUAUAUGGCAUGCCAUCCCGACCCGAUGACGGCACAAUAAAGCCAAGAUCGUCAUCGCCGACAGUCCGAUUUGUAUACCGUUCCCUGACGAGGCCGAUAACGUUAGGUACUCUAUAUGUCAUAGAAUUUGACCCUCACUCGCAAGUGCGGGGAUGUUGCUUGAAGACCCGUAAUUAGCUAUCUCGCGACUCUUGGCUGCCUUAUAUUGCAACUUUGCAUGCUUCGAGCUGCCACGAUAUGAUGUGAUCAAGGUUUUGCGUCCGGAUCCGGAGACAGUAUCUGUCUACCAGGUAUUGCCUACUUAUGACUGGAGGUGGCUCCAUUCUCGUUGAAAUUUCUGCAACUCGGUGUGUUCACCUUACUGUAUAGUUUGUAUCUGUUGCCUUGGUGGCAAUCCAUUGGUGAUACUGCGCUGAUCGCCAAAGUAGUGAGUGUCAUACACCUUGACUUGAUACAUCUUCACAUAGCAAGGCAAAACAACCGGACAAGAUGCGGCAACAACUGUCCACGUUCGCCGCUGUUGUCUUUGCCUCGGGCCUGGCCUGGGCAUGCCAGCGCGAAAGGGACCUUUUCGAGCCGCACACCCACAGGAAGCCCCUGGCAAAGCGUCAAGAGACCGAGCAAUGGCCACCAGUCCUGAAUGAGCGCGAGACGGUCAUCGUCAACGCCUUUGACAAUGUCACGAUUGAUCAAUGGUCAGAAUACUAUGGCCACCAGAACAAGCUUGGUGGUCUCGGCCGCGAGGCUGCAGAAUGGACUGCCGCCCGGUGGAACGAGCAUGGCUUCAACGCAGAGCUCAACGAGUACCACGUCUACCUCACCUACCCGCUGUCUGCAUCGCUGCACCUCACAACCGCCGACGGGGCGCGCAAGGAGAUCUCGUUGAAGGAGGACGUGCUCGAGGAGGACGACGUUACGGGCCGAGAGGACAACCAGCCCACUUUCCACGGCUACUCUGCCUCUGGCAACGUCACGGCCGAGUACGUCUACGUGGGCCGCGCGGGCAAAGAGGACUUUGACCGUCUCAUUGAGCUGGGUGUUAACCUGACCGGCAAGAUCGCCCUCGCCCGCUACGGUGCCAUGUUUCGUGGGCUCAAGGUCAAGAAUGCUCAGGACAAUGGCAUGAUUGGCUGCGUCAUCUUCUCCGACCCUGGCGACGAUGGUAAUGUCACCGUCGCCAAGGGAGUCGCCGCUUAUCCGGAUGGUCCGGCUCGGAAUCCAUCCUCCGUCCAAAAGGGUUCAGUCAUGUUCCUGAGCACCGCCCCGGGAGACCCGACCACACCAGGAUACCCAUCCCACGAGGGUGCCCCGAGGACCGGGAUCAGCAACGUCACGCCCCAGAUCCCGUCCAUCCCCAUCUCGUACACGGCCGCACAGGAGCUGCUGAGCGCCCUAGAUGGCCACGGCUUUACCCCCAGCGAGGUCAACCGCACGAGGAACGGCUGGCAGGGUGCGAUCCAGAACGUCACGUACAGCACUGGACCGGCCCCGGGUGUCACUCUGUCGCUGAACAACCAGAUGGAGGGCAAGAUUACGCCAAUCUGGAACGUCAUUGGUCGUAUCAAUGGUACCAUUGAAGACGAGACUGUUGUCAUUGGCAACCACCGCGAUACGUGGAUGAUUGGAGGCAACGGUGAUCCAAACUCUGGGUCUGCUGUCCUUGUCGAGCUUACAAAGGUGUUUAAUGAGCUUUUGAAGUCUGGGUUGAAGCCUAGGCGCAACAUAAUUUUGGCCUCUUGGGAUGCCGAAGAGUACGGCCUUGUGGGCAGCACCGAAUGGGUCGAGGACAACAUCAUUAGCCUCACAGAGACGGCAGUGGCCUACUUGAACAUUGAUGUCGCCGUCUCCGGACCACACCCCGACAUCGCCGCUACUCCCGAUCUCCACAGGGUCGCCACCGAAACCAUGAAAAAGGUCGUCCAUCCCAACUUUGGCGGCUUUAACCGUAGCUUGUACGACAUGUGGGUGGAUGCAUCGGGUGGCGGCAUGGUUGGAGUCCUGGGUAGCGGCAGUGAUUAUACGGCGUUUCUUCACCACGGCAUCAGCUCGCUAGACACUGGCAGCAGCGGCCACAGCGGAGACCCCAUUUGGCACUACCACAGCAACUACGACAGCUACCAUUGGAUGUCGACGUUUGGCGACCCGGGCUUCCUGGUCCACGCCGCCAUGGGCCAGUACCUUUCGCUGUUGGCGCUGCGCCUGAUUGACGACGAGGUCCUGCCGUUCGACCUCGGCAACUACGCCGUCGAGCUCAAGGCAUACCGCGACGACCUGGCCGAGUUUGUCCAAGAGGCCGGGCAGGACUUUGCCGGCGUCGACCUGUCGGAGCUCAACGACGCCAUUGCCCAGUUCGAGCAGCGCACCUCCGAGGUCAAGACGCUCGAGAUGCUGGCCGUGUCCACCAACAACACCGACCUCAUCAAGGUCGUCAACCACAAGUACCGGGACUUCCAGCGCGGCUUUGUCAGCCAGGGCGGCCUCCCCGACCGCCAGUUCUACAAGCACGUCGUCAUGGCUCCUGGUCUGGACACGGGCUACGCUGCCGUCACCUUCCCCGGCAUCACCGAGGGUAUUCAGUAUGCCAACGCGUCGGUGGCGCAGGAAUGGGUCAGGCGGACCGCGAGGGGUAUUUUGAGGGCUGCUGAUAUCAUCAAGACGUGAUGUAUUGAAGGGCGUUUGGGAAUGACUUUUUUUGAUGAUGCUGACGAUAAAAGAGCGUGGUCGUUACGGGGCCGUCGGUACGAGGCCGGGUUUGUCAAUGGUAAUCUCUAAUCAGAAAACACGACCCGCACGCUAGUCGGGCCUGGGGAAUAU